GGCCAUAUCUCAUCCCUGUGAUCUCUCUGGCACCAUAGACGAUGGAGAAGGCGACUGUGCCAUCCGUGACGCUCAUCGUGGGCUGUGGUGUGUCCUCCCUCACCCUCCUCAUGCUGGUCAUCAUCUACGUGUCUGUGUGGAGGUACAUCCGCUCGGAGCGGUCUGUCAUCCUCAUCAACUUCUGCCUGUCCAUCAUCUCCUCCAAUGCCCUCAUUCUCAUUGGGCAGACUCAGACCCGCAACAAGGUGGUGUGCACGCUGGUGGCAGCCUUCCUGCACUUCUUCUUCCUGUCCUCCUUCUGCUGGGUGCUCACCGAGGCCUGGCAGUCCUACAUGGCUGUGACUGGUCGCCUCCGGAACCGGCUCAUCCGAAAGCGCUUCGUCUGCCUGGGCUGGGGGCUUCCUGCACUGGUUGUGGCCAUUUCUGUGGGAUUCACCAAGGCCAAAGGGUACAGCACCAUGAACUACUGCUGGCUCUCGUUGGAGGGGGGACUGCUGUACGCUUUCGUGGGACCAGCUGCUGCCGUUGUGCUGGUGAACAUGGUGAUUGGGAUCCUGGUAUUUAACAAGCUUGUGUCCAAAGACGGCAUCACGGACAAGAAGCUGAAGGAGCGGGCAGGUCAGCUGCCCCGGGCCCCCCUCGGGCGCGCCCUCAAAUGUGCCGAGUGUGGAGUCCUCUCUGCGGCUGAUGUCACCUCCGACGCCACCAGUAACGCCAUGGCCUCCCUGUGGAGCUCCUGUGUGGUGUUGCCACUCCUGGCGCUGACCUGGAUGUCGGCCGUGCUCGCCGUCACCGACCGCCGCUCCGCCCUCUUCCAGAUCCUCUUUGCUGUCUUCGACUCACUGGAGGGCUUCGUCAUCGUGAUGGUUCACUGCAUCUUGCGCAGAGAGGUCCAGGAUGCCGUGAAGUGCCGUGUGGUGGACCGCCAGGAGGAAGGCAACGGGGACUCAGGGGGCUCCUUCCAGAACGGCCAUGCCCAGCUCAUGACCGACUUUGAGAAGGACGUGGACCUGGCCUGUAGAUCAGUGCUGAACAAGGACAUUGCAGCCUGCCGCACAGCCACCAUCACAGGCACGCUCAAGCGGCCGUCACUGCCUGAGGAAGAGAAGCUAAAAUUGGCCCAUGCCAAGGGACCUCCAUCCACCUUCAACAGCCUGCCAGCCAAUGUGUCCAAGCUGCGUCUGCAGAGCUCCCCACACUGCCCCGGGGGCCCCCUGCCCGCCUUUCCCAACCACUCACUUACCCUUAAGAAGGACAAAGCACCCAAAGCCUCUUUCGUCGGCGAUGGGGACAUCUUCAAGAAGCUGGACUCGGAGCUGAGCCGCGCCCAGGAGAAGGCUCUGGACACAAGUUAUGUGAUCCUGCCCACGGCCACGGCCACGUUGAGGCCAAAGCCAAAGGAGGAGCCGAAAUAUAGCAUCAACAUCGACCAGAUGCCCCAGACCCGCCUCAUCCAUCUCAGCAUGGCCCCCGAUGCCAGCUUCCCUACCCGCAGCCCUCCCAUUAGAGACCUAGGGGACACAGCAGAGCCAGCAGCCCAUGCAGGACCCAGCACAGUGACUGGCCCCAAGACUGAGAAUGUGGCCACUUUGUCCGUGAGCUCCCUAGAGAGGCGGAAGUCACGGUAUGCAGAACUGGACUUUGAGAAAAUCAUGCACACACGGAAGCGGCACCAGGACAUGUUCCAGGACCUGAACCGCAAGCUGCAGCACGCAGCUGAGAAGGACAAGGAGGCGAUGGGCCCCGAUUGCAAGCCUGAGAAGCAGCAGACGCCCAACAAACGGCCAUGGGAGAGUCUUCGCAAGGCCCAUGGCACACCUGCCUGGGUGAAGAAGGAGCUGGAGCCGCUGCCCCCGUCGCCACUGGAGCUACGGAGCGUGGAAUGGGAGAAGGCAGGCGCCACCAUCCCGCUGGUGGGCCAGGACAUCAUCGACCUCCAGACUGAGGUCUGA